AUUUCAUUUGCCCCUGCAAAGUAGAAACAUGAAUCACCAUCUCCUUGAGGACCCAGAUGCAAAGGAGAGACUGAAAAUCAGAAAACUAAACCCAAUGUUCACCAAGAUCAGCUUUCCUCUUCUCCUCAGCUCUUUCCUUCUUUCAUCACUCUUCUUCAUCUGCAGAGCGAUUGAAAUUGAAGUGGAAGAUGAGACACCAUUUGGUUACGAGGAAGGGAGUGACAAUGGCCCACAGCGUUGGGCCAAAAUAGACCCACAUUGGAAAACUUGUGGCAAUGGAGAAAUGCAAUCUCCCAUUGAUCUUCUCAACAAAAGGGUUCAAGUUCUUCCUGGUUUGGGGAAAUUAAAGAGGGACUAUAGAUCAGCCCCUGCUAAAGUGAAAAACAGAGGACAUGAUAUUGCUGUUGAAUGGGAAGGAGAUGCAGGGGUUAUUAAUAUAAAUGAAACAUAUUAUAGUCUAAAACAGUGUCAUUGGCAUUCACCUUCUGAGCACACCUUCAAUGGCUCAAGGUACAACUUGGAGCUGCACCUGGUUCAUUAUAGUAAAUCUGGGCAGAUAGCUGUUAUUGGAAUCACCUACAAAUAUGGAAGACCUGAUCAUUUUUUAUCUAAGCUGGUCCCUCAACUUGGCUCACAUGGAAUGACAAAGAAGGAUGGAGGAAUUAUUAAUCCCGGAGAUAUAAAGUUUGGGAGCAGAAAGUAUUACAGAUACAUGGGAUCUCUUACUGUUCCUCCAUGCACAGAGGGUGUCAUUUGGACCAUAAGCAAGAAGGUAAGGACUGUUUCAAGGGAGCAAGUGAGGGCUUUAAGGGAUGCAGUUCAUGAUGGAUACGAAGAAAAUGCGAGGCCCAUUCAACAUCAAAAUGAUAGAACUGUUUUGUUGUAUACUCCAAGAGUGACUGGAGGAUUUACCUAGUAAUAUGUUAUAGAAUCUUAAACAAUGCUGGUGUUUAUUUUUGUGAUAAUAAAAAAUGCUGGUGUUUAGUCUUCUAGCUAUUAAUAGAUAUAUCUUUGUUAUUA